AUGGGAUCAAUGGUGGAACCGCCGGACACGGUGCCGGACCUAUCGGAUCGACAGUACGCCUACUUCAACUCGGUGCCGUGGUGCGCGGCGCUCCUCGCCGACAAGCGAUACACGACUGUCCCUUCGCGAUUCGGACAGCCGUCCCCGGACACGCGGGGGGACUUUUUCACGCGCACCCUCGCGACGGACAACACCAUCGUGGCGUGUCUGUACCAGGAGCGCCGGGUGGACGAGUCAGCGGACCCCGAGCGGGUGUCCAACGUCGAGGAGAUCCGGGCCUUUUUCGCCACCGCGUCGGGCGUCAAUGGGUUCCCCGGGGUCGCACACGGCGGGUUCGUCGCCGCCGUCAUCGACGAGACGAUGGGCUACCUGAUCAAGGCGCACCUGCUGGCGUCGACGACCGAGGUCGCUCCUCCUCCUGGUCCUGAGCCUGGGCCUAAGGCGGCCAAGGCAACGGUGAGGGUGCCCUUGACCUCGUCGGAUACCAUGACUGCCGUCAUGACGGGGGAGCUGACCAUCAGGUACAAGCGGCCCGUGCCGACCGGCGAAGCGCUGCUCGUGAGGACGUGGGUGGAGAGGGUGGACGGCAGGAAGACGUAUGCUAAAGCUGUCGUCGAGGACGGCGAGGGCACGGUGCUCACCGAGGGCGUUUCCGUGUUCAUUUCGCUCAAGGAUGGCAAGUCGCCGAGCACGAGGCGCCGCGCAGGGGCCGCGAAGAUCUAA